AUGGCGACGACUCUGUCGGCCAGCCCCACUAACGUGCCCGCUGCGUACGCUCUUCCUGGCGCGCCGCCUCUGCCGCAGCCCAAGGCGGUUUCGGGUGCAGACUCUGGAGUGGACCUCACGCUGGCUACGGAGAUUCUGCCAGCGCCCCCAUCUGUGUCGAGCGUCGAGAACCCUGUGGCCGUGAAAAGAGAUCCCAGAAAGCCUGCGCCUAUUAUUUCGUAUUUGCCUUCACAUGAUCCCGGUACGACGUACUCGAGUCCGUUUGGGGUGACGCCUGCGCCGGCCUCCAGCCUCGCGGGCGGUCUCGCAGAGCCCGAUGGCCGCAGACACAAGCGCGCCCGUGUCGUGAAAGAGGGAGGCUUGGUCUCGCGCGGCUCGCUCCGAGGCCCGCUCAACCGCACACCAUCAACUCUCGAGUCCGCCGCCAUCAUGGACGACGUCGUCAUGGCAGACACCACGCUCGACACCAUCCCCGACAUCACCCUCGACUCAGACGCCCUCAUGGUCCCAGAGGCCGACACCAUGCCCGCCUCGCGUGCAACGACCGUCCCCCCUCCCGACGUGGCGCCACCCCCUGCGCCCGCACCCGCUCCCCCGCCGGCGAAGGGUCCAGGGCGCGGGUGGAGAAAGGGACUGGGGAAGGGGAAGGAGCGGGAGCGGGAGGACGCGGGGGAUAUCAGGGUGAAGGAGGAGACGGGCGCCGGCGUUCUUCCGCCGGCAGAUGGACCCUCGACAUCGCAGUCCCAGCGCAACCAGGACCACUGCUCGGCGUGCAGAUCGUUCGGCUCCCUCGUUUACUGCGACGGAUGCACGCGCGCCUACCAUUUGUGGUGCCUCGACCCACCGAUGGAAGCCACGGACCUCCCCGAAGGCGAGAACAGGUGGUUCUGCCCAACGUGCAACCUAGCCAAGAACCCGCGCCCCAAACCUCCCCCGUCGUUCCUCAGCCCGCUCAUACAGCAGCUACAGGCAAUGCCACCCGCCGAAUUCCAACUCCCGGACGACGUCCGCACGUAUUUCAAGAAUGUCGGCUCGAACCCGAGGGGCGGCUACGUUGAUACGUCAACAUUGAAGCCUCCUCGCUUAAACCGCCUCGGACAGCUCGAAGACCGCGAUCCCUACCGCACAAAAGACAGAACCGGCGCGGCAGUCCUCUGUUUCCGAUGCGGCACCUCGGCAUUCCACGGUCCCUCGCCUCCACCCGCCCUAGCGGGGCCGAGCGCUCCCAAGCGCCCUCGACGCAGCGCAGCCGGUCAUUCGUCGCAUUCGCAUUCUCCGUCGCUCCCGGGUGAGGGGGAGUGGCGGAGCAUCGUGACGUGCGACUAUUGCUCGUCGCAUUGGCAUUUGGAUUGCCUUGAUCCGCCUAUGGCGCUCAUGCCGCCGCUCGACAAGAAGUGGAUGUGCCCGAACCAUAUCGAGCGCACCAUCAAGAUCAAGCCGCGGAUACCGAAGCACAAUGCUGCGCCCGUUGAGAUCACCCGACCCGGCCAGAUCAAUAACGGUAACAUCGAGAUUCUGGAGGACGACUCGACAAUCGCGGACCGCGUACAUACGGACGAGGUGUGGAUCAACGGCAAACGAUAUCGUAUACCCGAACGCAUCAUCAAGCUCGACUUCUGGAACAAGCUUAACAACGUCCAGCCGGCGGCACCUGUAUCGCCGGUGCUGAGUGAGGCGUCUUCGUUGACGUCGCUCAGCGAGCUUGAGGAUGAUGGCGAUGUCGAGAUGCCGCCGUCGACUUACGCGUCGGUUUCGGCUUCUAUGCCGCCGUCUACGGCUCCUAGCACGACGUUCUCGCGGGAUGAGCUGGCGACGUGGAAUGCAGACGAUCUUCGCGGUGCCUUGCUACUGCUCGACUUUCAACAAGAACAGCGCGCCCAGCACCCUACACCAACCCAACAAGCGCCCAGCCGCUCAAUCCGCAUCAAAGUCGAGCCUCAGCCAUUCACGUUCACACCCGCCAGCACCCCUCCCACCACCCAGCAUCCACAAACUUCGACAUCCUCCAAAGCGCCCAAGAAAAAGGCGGAGAAGAAGACCGCAAAGUCAAAGGCGGCACCUGUUGGACAGUCCAUAUCGUCUUCCGUGGCACCUGUAGGACAGUCUAUAUCCGCCGCGUUGCUCACACCAACUCCUCCGCCCGCGACGAAUUCGGCUCCUCCACCUGAAGCGAGCAGGAGGCAGCCUGGGAGGGCUUCGAAGAGCCAGGUCACCUACACCAUUCCUCCGCUCGAAGAAGACGACAACUCAGGAUCUGCGCAUUCCAAGCCCAAACGCGCAAGCACCCGUCCCCGCCAAGCCGCCCGCUCACGCAUGUCACCCCGACCCCUCACAUCCGGCGCCCCUACCACCCCCACACCCGCCACCCCCACGUCGAACGGGACCAACGGGGCCGCACUGCACCAUCCAUCCACGCUCAUUCACCACCCUUUUCCUGUUCUCUUCGUAUUCCAUACUCCCAAUAUGCCUCGCCGUCCACCACCCAGCCAUUUACUGCUCAAGGAGGGCCCGCUACCUCCUCGUGGCGCCCCAAAGUUCUCGCUACCCUCAAUGCCGCCGAUGGCAUUCUGCGCCCCGGCACUCGCUCCCAAGGCGCCUGCACCGGCGCCUACCGUUGCCGUCGUGACCAGUCUGCCGAAUACGACUAGCUCGCCUGGUGCGAGCCCGUUAAGUUCAGCCAGUUCAGUGUCGUCAAAGAAGGGGGAGGGGCUUCGGGCGCCGUGGAAUCACAGCGAGAGCAUCGCCCGGGAUAUCGUCGUCGGCGAGUUGCCAAAGCCAGCGCGGUGCGCGACGAUGGCCGCGAUCUAG